GUGGCAAUUCGAACUGCCAUCCGAAGCUUGGAAUUCGGAGAUCCGGCUGACAUCCAGGCUAUACCUCAGACCCCUUGUGCAGAUCCUGUUGUUGCUGGAUACUAUCGCAUCGCACGCGCCUUGAUUGAGCUGGAAGUGGCGCGCAAAGAGUGGGAGGUCCGCAUGGCUCAGGCUGCCGGCUUCGACCAGCCCAGCUCUCCAGAAGUCGGGGCUUUUGCCAGCAGGCUGCUGGAGAUUGCUCUCCUCCACAUUCGGCUUUUUCAACAUGCCGAGGCGUACUCCCUGCUGCAGCGGGCUGUCCCGGCAAUGCUGGCCACGCAGCAAUUCGCUGGUUCGGAGGGUGCCACAGCCAAGCAGUGGAUGCAGAACUUGUGCCGCAACACGGCUAUGAGCCAGAUGCUCAGAGAGCCUGGUCACAUGUCAGGGGUGGAGAUCUUGGAUGACAAGCACAUGGAAAAGCUGCAGACACUGAGAGAGCUGCUACGCGACUGCGGAUACUGUGCCAAAGAAAUCCUUGAGCUGACCAAGGUUCAGACCCUGGAAAUGUUCGCCGACGACGACAUCUGUGGGCAAGUAGCUGACACGUUGCUGGCGAGCGGGAAGCAGAGCAAGCCUGGGCUGCCAGAACUCGCCCGGUUCUUCCUGUUGAGUCGGCCUUUAGCUCUCAAGCAACUGGUGGAGCUGUUGGGCAUGCCCUGCACGGAGUUCCUGCUACAGCUUCAGGCAGUCACGGCCAUCCGUGGCCCUUCCAGCGUGCUUAUUGAGGGAGACAAGGCAGUCGAGCUGCUGAAGAAUGCUGCGGAUGACGUAUACUGCUUCGCAAACAUCAAAAUAUGGCCUGUAGAGGACCUCCUCAUCGCCACUGACAGGCAGACAUGGCCAUCACAGGGCUUCGAGCCUGUGAUGUACCUUUCGGACGAUUCUUGGGGAUUGAUCUACGGUGCACCGAGGGUUGACGUAGAGUCAGUGCUGGACCUUUGCACAGGCAGUGGCGUCCAAGGGCUAGUAGCCCUGCAGAACUACGCCAAAACUGCAACCUUCGUUGACCUGAAUCCUCGAGCUUUGGACUUUGUCCGCUUCAACGUUGCACUGAACGGGCUCUCGCACAAAGUCUCCGGCAUCUAUCAGGGCAAUCUGUAUGAGGCUUUACCCCCCGAGUCAGGCCCCUUUGACGCCAUCUUGGCCAAUCCACCCUUCCUACCGAAUCCACGUGGCAUUGGUUCGCAGUGCUCAGCGAAGUUUGGGGACGGAGGCGACUUUGGAGAAGACGUUCUCGAGGCGAUCAUGCGAGGUGUGGAACAAAACUUGAAGCCGUCUGGGCAUUUGAGUGCUGUCACCUAUGCUCCGAACACACCAGAGAUGGCCGAGAGGAUCGCUCGAUACUUGAAAAGCCCUGCCGGCUUGUCGCCUGCCAUCACGGUCUUCAGCAGCAAGCUGAAGCCAGCCAAGGAGUUCCAACCCGUAUCUAGCGCAGUUGAAGCUGUCCGUUACCAGGAGGCACUGGUGGAGGUUGGGGUCAAGACGAUGGCCGAAGCCAUAACCAUUGUUAGUCUGGGCCGUGAAGAAACGCAGAACUUCGUCCUCAAGGAGCGUCUCUUUCAGGACGAGGAAUACUUGAGAACUCUCUGGAAGGAGCACUUGAGCCGUUCGAAGAGCUAA